GCCAUCAAGCAGGCACGUAAAAGGAUGUUUCCAAGAAAACUCCUCAUUUGGAAAAACUGCUAUGCAGAGCAGUCUGUAUUCAGUUUCAAGUAAUUGGACCGCAGAUAAAGUUGUAGACGGUUGUUUAAAGCAAAACAUUGGGUCCGAUUGUUGUACACACACAGCAUGGAAUCGAAACAAAGCCUUGUGGCAGGUGGAUCUAGGAAAACUCAGUACCAUCAGUUACAUCACAAUAUACAACCGGGAUGAAGGCGUCCAGUUCCCAAGAAGAUUGGCAGGUUAUCAACUGUAUUUGUCCAACACCUCUGACUGGUCACAAGGAAUUCUCUGUUACGAAGACAAGAGUAACAAUUGGACUGAAGUAGAGAUGGUUGUUACCCAUCGGUGCCCGUAUGUAGCCAAAUUUGUGACCAUCUACAAUUAUAGAAAUGAUCCGGCGCGACAUGACUGGUAUGAGGAUAACGCUGUGUUGGAGCUUUGUGAGGUACAAGUGUUUGGCUGCCCAAUACGGAAAUAUGGAAAUGGUAAUUGUAACCAAACUUGCUCGGAUAAAUGUUAUGGGGGCAACUGCGACGCUUCAACUGGCUCAUGUUUUUAUUGCCUACCUGGAAAGUGGAGCCACACCUGUGAUCAAGAUUGUUCCUCAGGCUGUGAAGGUUGUAUUCAAAACGGAUCCUGUACAGAUUGCGUUUCUGGAAAGUGGGGCGAUACCUGUGAUCGAGACUGUUCUAAGAACUGCAACGACUGUUUUCAAAACAACGAAUCAUGCAAAGAUUGUAUUCGUGGAAAACAUGGGAACUCAUGCGAACUGUACUGUCCCACACACUGUGCAAACGACGCCUGUGAUCGAGAGUUUGGAUUAUGUAUCGAUUGUAAGCCCGGUAAACGCGGUGAGACAUGCGAUCUGGAUUGCCCAGCAAAGUGUAAAGACCUCUUGUGCGAGAAAACCACGGGAUUUUGUUCAGAAUGUAUGGACGGAAUGUAUGGUUAUAAGUGCGAGAAGGCGUGCCCUGCUGAAUGUGGCUCAAACAAAUGUAGACGGUCUGACGGGACCUGUGAAGACACAGACACGUGCACUCGUACAGAUAACAUAACAGUUGUAGCCGUCCUUGCUGCUGUCGCGGCACUCUGUUCGGUGACAGCUAUCGCCUCCUUUGUCUAUAUGUUACGGAUAAGAGCCGCACUCAAGACAGAGCAAACCAAAGCUACCGAAGAACAUUAUACAGGCAUUGAUAUGGCAGGGAGAGAUGACCUAAAUGCAUACUACGAAAUGUCGUCUCCAAACGCGACCACCAAUUGAGGCCGUUGUCAUGUAUUGUAAUCUUGCUAUUUCAAUAGAAGGAUACCAUUUCAUUACAUUGUAUUAAGUAUUCUAUUUUUAUUCUACAGUUUUCAUAUGACAUUGCUAUCAACAUCAGUUUCAUGAUAUAUAUACAUACGUAAAACGAAUAUACAAGAUGUUUUGCUAUACCGAUGAAGACAUGAAGAAAUGAUGUAUACAUGCAUAGUAUAAUUUUGCAUUAACCCUGUGGUUUGAUAUAUUAAUUUUGGUUAUAUACAUAUUUUACAAUAUUUGUAUUUGAAAAAAAAACGUAAUCAUACAAGAAACAUAAUUGAUUUUUCGCUAACAAACUAAAUUGGCGAUGAAUGUAAGUUACAUUAAAAUUAAAAAUUAGCAUAUGGACAUUACAAUAUUCAACCAAAAAGGCAAGUACAGCACAGACAUGUGUUGUUAAGGUUUUCUGGACUUACACCUGCUAUGAAAUUUCAUCUGCUAUUACCAACAAAACUAGAAGUUAUUAUAUGACCAUUUUGAUGUCUAAUUCCGAACCCGAGACCACUGCAUCAAUCUGAGGAACCGGAGGCCUGAGGGAUGAUAUGGGAAGAGGAUGGACACAGGAUAGGAUAAGGAAAAUGUGAUAUUAUUACAAAGUAUGAAAAGGCAAAGCCUUAAAAGAGCGAAGCUGUUGUUGAUCUCUGAUAUUU